GGAGAAAGGGAAGUCAGACGUCUAGACAGACAAGAUCCAUCGCGUUUGUGAAUGUCCCGGACUUGUAAUUCCCGUUCUCAAAAUCAGCUAUUAUGGCAACAUCGGGUGUUGCUGCCUUGCCAAAUCAAGAUGAGAUUGAGGAAGAUGCGUCUGAACUGAAAUUCCCAAAAGAGUUUGAACAAGCAGAAACGUUAUUGAACUCUGAGGUACGCAUGCUCCUUGAGCAUCGGAAGCAACAAAAUGAGAGCCAAGAGGAGGAACAGGAGCUCAGCGAAGUCUUCAUGAAGACCCUGAAUUACACGGAGCGCUUCUCAAGAUUCAAAAAUAGGGAGACAAUAGCUGAUGUCCGAGGGCUCUUGCAGCAGCAGAAAUUGCACAAGUUUGAGCUGGCCUCCUUAGCCAACCUGUGCCCUGAGAAUGCAGAAGAAGCCAAGGCACUAACCCCAAGCCUUGAAGGGAGAUUUGAAGAUGACGAGCUGCAGGAGGUCUUGGACAACAUUCAGACCAAGAGGAGCUUUCAGUAUUGAUACCAUCUCAUUCCACUAUGCCCAAAUUACAACGAAGUACGUGUACAUGUACUUACAACUGAAGCCAAAAAAAAACCUCCAAAAGAAUCAAAGCAUUAGUGGGAGGAGGCUUCAGCGAUCCCCUUUUUUUUUCUAUUUGAUAUUCAUUUAUAUGCUAACCUUUAAUCUUUUCUCCAUUCGCUUGUGUAUACAUUAUUUAUGGAAGCUUUUUGGAGGACGAAUAGGUUCUAGUGUGGGAGAUGUUAUCAGAAGUGUUUGUAAAUAUCUAACCAGAAAGCAGUAGGUUUUGUUGGAAAGAAACAUGAAAUUUUUCUGUGUGUAUAUAAUAAACAGUUUCGGGUAAAUGA